AUAUGUAUAAUGUUCUAUAAUUCGCUAUUUUUUAUACUCUUAGAAAAUUGAGAUUAAAUGCAUAGUGUAUUGUGUCGAGUUAUAUCGAGGCAUAAAAAUCAAAUUUUGCAUGUGUUUAUUCGAUUUCAAGAACAACAAUCGAAAAUAAGUGAAAUAGGAUGUGUAGUGUAAGAUUAUUUUAAAAUAAUUAAAUACGGAGACAUUGGAUUAUCAUUGUUGAUGAGAACAAAACAGCACAAUGGAUGUGGCAAGAUGUAGCAAAUCAUAAUAAGUUUACUUUGGUCACUCUCCAUCCCCUUUCUUCGUUCGGGGCGAACACGAUGAUCGAGGCAACGUCGGCAUCGCCAUCGACAGCCACGACGAAGACGGCAACGACAGCGUCGAGCAGACUUUUUGUCACGGAGAAAGGGAAGUCCCCGGGAAGUAAGGAUCGACCUUCGGGUUAUCGGGAAUCCCAGUGCGGUGAAUCUCAGGAAAUUAGUGUCGACGAGUUCCCCGCGCGAUUUGUUGCUUUUCCCGUCGGGAAAUGGGGGUCGAGGAAAAGAAUUUUUGCGACGGCAGUGUUUACCCGCCAGUUUGGGCAAAUUCAAUUUAACACUUAAACGGCCGCGGGGGGAUUUAUGCUCGCACUUAGAGGGAGGCUAAAAUAUGUAUCCCUCGGCGAAAGUAAAACAUGUUGGAAUCAAGGAGGACGUAAUCAACUGAUGAGGGUUUCGGGAGUCAUGAAAAAAUUAUUUCUAUUCGAGAGCCGUGCGUAUAAUUUCCAAUCUGUGUUUAGAUCGCGUCGGGAAAUUAACGGUGCCGGAGACAAUUUUACCCCAAUUGACGAUGAUAAUAAUUAUGCCAAAGGCUCUCUCAAACAAUCUCGCUACAACUGAUAUUCGCACGAGAACGCCCUCGAAAAUCAUACUGCGUAGUUCGCACGUGUUCGCGUUGCAUUGUUAAAUAAACUUUUGCGAUGUGAUGGCGGGUAAUCGAGAAUCAAAAGGGGAUCUAGUUGAAUGGAUGUUGCUCGCGAAAUGAAUAUUACUGGUUAUUAGGUAGUUCAGCCGAUUAGCUAAUUGUGCUUGGCUCCUCUUUGUCAGAGGAUGUGUCCCGGUUACUCUUUGUUAGAGAAUGUUCUCUGUAAUUGUUGACAAUAUUUAGCGCGCGGUUAAUACACGGCUUUGUUGGGUUCAAUCACAAAAGUGGAUCGUUGCGGAUCGUUCGAUCCGCAACAAUCAGCCGGUAUGUGUUUUUUACAAUAUUAAUAUCAUUUUAUAAAAUAUUUCUAACGCGUUUAAAUAUAUAGUGUCUAGUAGUCUCUCUUUUCGGUUACAGUUUUAUAAUAUUGAAAAAAAUUAAUUGUUCGAUUAAAAGCAAGCUUUAUAGGGAAAGUUCCCAUUAUUUUAUAAUAUUUGAAAUAAUUACAUCCCAUUAAAAUUGUAACCGCAUCGAAUAAUGUUGGAGACAACUAAUUUCUCUAUCUAGAUAGAUUUAAACAAGAAUUCGUUCGCUCAGAGUGUAUGCAAUUUGGAUUUAGGAUGACGAAGAGUGAGCCCGGUAAAUUCGCCUUAAGCGAUACCCAGCUGAGCGUGAAUUCGCGCGCGAAUUCACGUCGCUUAACGAAGUUUGUAAAACAAGUGUCGCGCUCGCGCGCACCUAAUUGCUACUUCAUUCUAGCAUGGAGCAGAACUUAAGGCGACCGGAAGUUCGCUUGUGUAACAUCGUACUCUUUCUUACGUUCUUACGUUCAACCAACUUAUACCGGAAUACCGAUAGUUCGACCCAUUCGAACUCGGACCGAUUUCAAACGUUCCUUCCCGUCCUAAUUGCGUAAUCGCAUACACAAUGCCGUGAUAUACUUUCCCACUAUCAUUUUGAUACACUUUCCCAUUAUCAUCUUUUAACACCGGAGAUUUAGCCGAUUAGAGUGAGAGCAUUGGACGAGCUUACGAUAUUCCAUUCAGGCCUGUUUAAAAUUUCAAUUGAAACUCGUCUGGGCCAUUUAGCAGGAAAGCCGGAAGGUGUAUAAAUAAAAAUGAAAGAGGCGCCCAAGAAAAGUCACCGCGCGAGAGAUCUCGGCGACGUCGCUUAAUUUAACGACGAUGAAUCCGUUGUCCCACAGCGGCCGUUUUAUACGAGGUGGCCAGUUUAUACUGUAGACUGGAAAUAACUCCCUCGUAAGCGAUAUGAUCCUGCUGAGGUCGCUUGCUAGGAUAAGUUAGAAUGGCGCGAUGGAAUUGCUUGAAAUCUCUUUCUCUAAAAAGUCGUAUGAGUAAUUUAUAUAGAAAAAUUUCAAGACCUACAUUAAAACAUUAUACAAUAUUUUAGAAAAAAAAAAAAAAAACAUUAAUUAAUUCUUAUAAAACACGAUAAAUUACAGCGCAGCAUAAAUAUGACGUGAAGUAUAAAGAAAAAGCAAUUUACUCCGCAGGUUUUAUCGUAAAGAAAUUUUAUUUUUGAAAUUUAAAAAUUUGUUAACCAUGUUGCUUUUCAUGACACGAUCAUAAUUUGUUAGGAUAUCUUUUCCUUCUUUAGAUAGGCUUACGUGCUUUACAAUGUGCGUGUUUUAUAAAAAAUAUGCGAUGCGUCCCAUUCACAGGAUCCAUCGGGCUUACGGUAAUCUUCGACAUCGUUUUCAUACAUUACGUUAGUCAAUAUAUUUAUUCGCCAGCAACAUAUAAACAGGUAAGUACUCUUUGUUGGCGGAGGCGAAGAAACUCUUGAGCGUCCGAGAUCAAGGAACUCGACCCUUUUCGUCGGGGGAUAAAGAAUCUCCCGCUCACCUCUCCCUUGUUUCGUGUUUACGCGUUUUCCCUAAAACGUAGCCGUUUCUUCUGUCGGAUUAGUUAUACGCGCAGCCGACGCAUUUAGCGAAAUUAACGCUCCCGAAAGUGUUUCUUAGAUGGCACGAUAAAGAUGCGUUUUUAUCGCCCAUGUUCGUUAAAUUUUACUGUUUCGAAAGGACGAAUGAAACAUAUUAUAGUAUUAAAUUUUCUAUAUUUUUACAUAUUUUUUAAGAAUAAUAGUGGUACAAUACGUUCAAUUUUUCGCAUUGUUUAUACGCUAUUGCAUACCCGCGUAAAAAUUUUGGAAA